AUGAAGUAUGGGGGCAGUGAUAUACUCAAUAUGGGCGCUGUAACCAUAUUUGAUGUAAACACUCAGUGCUGGACACUUAACCUGUUGACAGCUAUACUACUAUUCAAUCCCAACCGCCCACACCUCACGCAUACGGACACCGUUUCACUUCACCAGAAAUCAUACAUUCAUUUACUUUACCGUUAUUUCGAAUUGAAAUAUCGGUCGGAAUCAGAGGCGAGAAGACGUUUCUUAUGGCUAAUGAAACUGAUGCCCGAUAUUAACCAAUUGGGUCAUACCGUGUGGAACAACGGGGUGGGAUACUUUACCGUUAUUUCGAAUUGA